UACCCCUUGCAGCUCAUUUCAGGCUGAAUGCUGAUGAAGUGCCUAGCUCUUAAUCUGUGAUGCUGAUAGAUCUAAUAUGCUUAAUCUGUGGCCGAUUACCGAUAGUUGUCAACUAGCCUGUAAAUUGUAGAAUUUUGAAUGAAAAAAUGUACAUUAUCUAGUUUUUAAAAGUAUUCAGUUUGUUGAAAGUAUUUCGAAUUAUUUAUGUAAUAAUUUUUUUAUACAAUCCUGUUGUAUAUUUUUGUGAAAAUGUUAGGUUUUUGUUUUAAUUAUUUAAUGUAAAAAUUAACGCUGAUUCAUUUUCGUUUUUAUUUUGGAAGGUGGAUUUAAUACCUAAACAAUGGAUAAUGAAUUUUUUGAUAUAUCGACGAGUUUAAGACUUCAACUCGGAUAUGGAAUUGGCCAUAUAUUAAACGAUGUAUGUGCUAGUUUAUGGUUUACGUACUUUUUAGUAUUUUUUCACCUUGUGCUUGAAUUCAGUGCCUCUCAAGCUGGUUAUUUAAUGUUGAUUGGACAAGUGGUCGAUGCUGUAUCCACCCCUUUCAUUGGGUACCACUCUGAUCACACAAAUAAUUCUAUUAGUGCAUGGUAUGGCAGAAGAAAGCUUUGGCAUUUGUUUGGUUCAGCAUGUGUACUUAUAUCAUUUCCAUUUAUAUUCUCUGAAUGUAUUGGAUGUUCAUUAACACACAAAUGGGCACAGAUGUAUUAUUUUGCAUCAUUUAUUUUAAUAUUUCAAAUUGGAUGGGCAGCUGUGCAAAUAUCACAUUUAAGUUUAAUACCAGAAUUAGCUGAAGAUCCACAUGUUCGUACCCAUCUUACAGCAAUAAGAUAUGGAUUUACUGUUUUCUCAAACUUAUUUGUGUAUCUCAUUACAUGGGCUAUUCUACAUUUUACUGGACAAUGUGACAAGAAGCAAAUUGGCCCUAGUGAUGCCUGGAAAUUUCAAGAGAUAAUGUUAAUUGUUCUGAGCAUUGGAACAGUAGCAACAAUACUGUUCCAUUUGACCAUAACAGAAAAGCAAGCUAGGUAUGCUAUACCAGAGGACACUCGAAAUGCAACAUUUCACUGUAGCAUCUUUGGAAAAUGGUUGUUAUAUCAGGUAGCUGGUGUUUAUAUGUGUACAAGGCUUGUUGUGAAUGUUUCUCAAGUAUUGAUUCCCUUAUAUUUGCACCGCACUUUGGGCUUAGCUGCUCGUUCUCUCGCUGUAGUCCCAUUGGCUAUGUACCUCGGGAGUCUCGCGGCUGCCGGCGUGCAGAGGUUGGCGCCAAGAUCAAUCACUAGAAAACUAAGCUAUUUUAUUGGAUCCGCAUUUUCCCUUUGUGGUUAUGUGUGGAUUUACUUUGACACUGACUAUAAUUUUAAAGUCUAUUUCAUUUACAUUGUUGCUGUUUUAAUAGGAUUUGGUGGUGCACAAAUGUUAGUGACCAGUCUUUCUUUAACAGCUGACCUAGUUGGCGAAAAUACACAAGGAUCUGCUUUUGUGUAUGGUUUAAUGAGUUUUACAGAUAAGCUCUCUUGUGGAAUUGCAAUAGCAUUGAUACAGCUAUAUGCUGACGAGUCUAGUGCAAUGUAUUACCGUUAUACAUUGUCAAUUGUUUGUGGGGCUGCAUGCUUACUAGGAUUAAGUUUCACAGUGUUCCUGCCUAAAUUAACUCACAAUACAUUCAUAGUUGCAAAUGAUAGUUCUAUAAAUGCCUCGGACCAGGAAGAAGUACUAUCUGAGCCAGAGAUAUAAUACCUAUUGAUAAAAUUAUUACCUAUUUAAUUGGAUAAAUCAAAAAUGACUGAUGAAUUAGCUCCAAGUUAGCAAGAUCAUGUUGGUCAUGGGUGUUCAACUACAAAAGGAAAUCUGCUGAAGAUUCAGAAUUUUAGUAAAGAAGCCCUCGAAACUUAUUAGCUACUAUUAUAUUAUUUUAAUAUAUUUUGUAUUGAUUAAGGUUAGAAAUCUUAUACAUCUAGUAUAAUAGUAUGAUCAUGUGAUAUUAUAAAUUAUGUAUAUUAUUACCA